CAGAGGUGUAUAAAGUGCGCUCUUGUGUGAGUUGUCUGCGCAUGCUCCGGACUGACUGCUCAGGAUGCUGCUGUCUCUUCUGUCGUCGCUGCUGCUGCUGCUGCUGCAAUGCUCCUUAACGAGCGGAGCCACCGAUCCCAUCUACCUGGUGACAGUCACUUCCCAGGCGGUGGGUGGCAGCACAGAGACUCUGUGUGCACAGAUCCAUGAGUCCACAGAAGCACUCUCUAUAGUGGUCACUUUGAGAACCGACAAUCAAAACCUCACCGUCCUACAACAGGCCUCCAUUAAAAAGGAUUUCUACAGAUGUGUCCCUUUUAAGGUCCCUGCAGUCACUGUGGAGUCUGUGGCAUCCGUGGAUGUUGUAAUCCGAGGGGGAAAAACGUUCCUGAACAACAACACUAAGAUCCUCAUAAAUCCCCCUCAAAGUCUUCUUUUCAUCCAAUCAGACAAGCCUAUCUACAAGCCUGGACAAACAAUUAAAUUUCGCAUUGUGUCUCUGGAUUCCAAUUUCUUGCCUCGCAAACAAGUGUUUCGAACAGUUGAACUCCAGGACCCUUUUUCAAAUCUCAUCGGUCAGUGGUUGAAUCAGACCACAAGGAUUGGUAUUUUGGAUCUGUCCCACUCCAUGUCUCCAGAAGCUGCUCAGGGUUACUACACCAUCACUGCUUGGGAUGAGAAGAACCAACAAACAUCACACGGAUUUGAAAUUAAAGAAUAUGUUCUGCCAAAAUAUGAAGUGAACAUUGAUUUUCCAUCCGUUAUAACUGUCCAGGACAAAGAGGUCACUCUGAAAGUUUGUGCAAAAUACACUUAUGGCAAGCCUGUGCUGGGGUCUGUGAAUGCUCAAGUGUGUGGACAGAGCUAUGGUUAUUAUUGGUGGAGACCGUUUCCUGACAUGGAUAAUGUAUGCAAGGAAUAUUCAAUGAUGACCGACAGGACCGGCUGUGGGUCUCAGGUGAUAAAUGUGACAGAAUUUGGCUUGACUUCAAGAGGAUCUUUUGAAGUGAAUUGUGAUGUGGAAGAGUCUGGAACAGGGAUAACUAUGCAAGGUUCUGCCUCAGCGGUGUUUACCAGUGAUUACGUCAAUGUUUACUUUGAGGACACACCAGAUACAUACAGGCCUGGCGUGGCCUUCAAGGGAAAGGUUGUUAUCAGUAAUUCACAGUCUAGACCUAUGAAAAAUGAGUCUGUGGUUGUGUAUGCAGAGUAUGAUAGUAAAAGUGUUAAUGUGACAUUAACGACAGACGUCAAUGGUUCUGCCCUCUUCUCCUUUAAUACUUCACAUUGGUCAGAAAAAACAGUUCAGUUACAGGUCCAUUAUAAGGGAGGUAAAGAACAGACUGAUUUUGAGGCUUUUAGAUAUUAUCCGUCAGGCUAUCUCUACGUAAGACCCUUUUACUCCAAAAGCAAAAGUUUCCUGAUGUUGACGAAGGCUCCAGAGAAGCUCAGCUGUAACAGUGAUGCAACAGUGACGGCGAGUUACAUCAUUCAGGGCGGUGCGCUGAAAACAGGCCAGAAAACCUUGGAUUUCUUCUACAUUGUCUUGUCCAGAGGCAGCAUGGCUCAAAAUGGUCAUCUGUCUGUGAGUGUGAACACCAAAAGUGAAAACAAAGGAGAACUGACAAUCCCACUGAAGAAGACGGCAGCUCUGGCUCCAUACGCUCAGGUGGUGGUUUACACAGUUCUUCCCAAUAGAGAAGCAGUAGCAGACAGUAUGGACUUCCCCAUUGAAGAAUGUUUGCCAAACAAGGUGUCUUUAAAGUUCUCGUCUCCCACCCCACUGCCUGGAGAGAAGACAUCUUUUAACCUGAAAGCCAGUCCUGGCUCCUUGUGCUCCGUGAGGGCCAUAGAUCAGAGCGUGCUGCUGCUGAGACCAGAGGCCGAGCUGGAUGCCGCCGCUGUCUUUGGAAUGCUGCCGGUCCAGAUUUUGUCAGGUUACCCCUACAGCAUCGAGGAGUUAGAGCCUUACCCCUGCCGACCUCCCUGGGAGGUGAUAAUCCCACUCGCUGAACCUGCGAGACGCAAGCGAUCCCGCUUCUAUUACCCUUACUACAGUGACAAAACUGACGCCUACAACAUCUUUAGAGCAGUUGGAAUCAAAAUCGCUACCAACUCUGACGUGAAAGCACCUGUUGUUUGUGAUAAUGACAUGUCGAUGGUCAUGCGAUCUGAAGUGUCGGCAGACGAUUUUCCAGUUCCAGUGAGAAAUGAGAAGAUCCGCAAACUCUUUCCAGAAACCUGGAUAUGGGAUCUUAUACCUAAAUCAGGAUCUGUGGAUGUCUCCAAGACGGUCCCGGACACAAUCACUAAAUGGGCAGCAGGUGCUUUCUGCACAUCUACUGUAGGGUUUGGAGUGGCUCCCAAAACUAAUCUCACUGCUUUCCAGCCUUUCUUUGUGAGCCUUGCCCUCCCUUACUCCGUUAUCCGUGAAGAAACGUUCACUCUCAAAGCCACCGUAUUCAACUACCUCCCCAAAUGUAUCAUGGUGAAGGUCACGCUGGCAGACUCAGUGCAGUUCAAAGCUCAGCCGUGUAAAGGAUGCAUUUACACUCAGUGUGUUUGCUCUGAAGAGAGCCAAACCUUCCAGUGGAUUGUUACACCCUCUGCACUGGGAAAGGUGAACAUUACAGUGCGUGCUGAGGCGGUACAGAGCCGUGAACGGUGUGGCAAUGAAGUGGUGACUUUCCCGGACAAAGGCAGAGUUGAUACUGUGAUGCAGAGCGUUCUGGUGGAGGUGGAGGGAACUAAACAGUCAUUUACUCAGAACGAACUCAUCUGCUUAACAGACCGUCCACAGGAGACAUCCGUCUCUCUCAAUCUACCCAAAGUCUUUGUCAAGGAUUCUGCAAAAAGUUUUGUCACUGUUCUGGGUGAUCUGAUGGGUCGUGCUCUGAGGAACAUCGCUGAUCUGCUGGCUAUGCCGUACGGCUGUGGAGAGCAGAACAUGCUGCUUUUUGCCCCCAAUAUCUACAUCCUUCAGUACCUGGAGAGCAGUGGGCAACUCACUCCUGAGAUUAAAAACAGAGCCGUAACCUUCCUGCAGAGCGGCUAUCAGAAAGAGCUGACAUACAAACAUGAUGACGGAUCUUACAGCGCUUUUGGGAGGAAUGAUCCUUCUGGUAACACCUGGUUAACUGCAUUCGUAAUGAAGUCUUUCGGUGGGGCAAAGAAGUAUAUAUUUAUAGAUCAAGCCAACAUCGAUCAGGCAAAGGAAUGGCUGCAUCUACAACAGCAGGAGAACGGCUGCUUCAUCUCUGUGGGGAAACUCUUCAACAACAUGUUAAAGGGUGGUGUCAGUGAUGAAGUCACUCUCUCUGCGUACAUCACCACAGCACUGCUGGAGUUAGGAGUCCAGAACUCUGAUCCCAUGGUAGUGAAAAGCCUUGCAUGUCUUAGGCAUGCUUCCCGUAACAUCACCAACACUUAUACAACCGCCUUACUGUCCUACACAUUCACUCUUGCUGGAGAUGAACAGAAGAGACAGAAUCUCCUCUCCAACCUGGACCAGCAGGCCAAGAGAGAAGGUGUAGGACGAUAUUGGAGUUUGGGUAAUAAUGCUCAACCGACGGGCUCUGUGGAGGUAGAGACGAGUGCCUAUGUGUUGCUGGCUCUGCUCUCAGGACCUUCACUGCCUGGAUUUGGACUGAACUACUCUGCUAGCGUAGUACACUGGCUAACCAAGAAACAGAAUGCGUAUGGAGGCUUCUCCUCUACACAGGAUACUGUAGUAGCACUCCAGGCCCUCGCUAAAUACAGUGCUGCCACCUACAAUCCAGAAGGAUCCAUUACUGUAAGCGUGACCUCCCCCUCAGGCCAGAGGAACCAGUUCACCGUAAACCAGAACAACCGGCUGCUUUACCAGGAGAAACAGCUACAGGAAGCUACCGGCACAUACAAGCUCAGGGCAGAAGGCAAAGGCUGUGUGUUUGUGCAGUUUGCCUUGCACUACAAUAUCCCGCCUCCUCCAGACUCUUUGGCCUUUGAAAUCAAUACAAAUCCUGGGGUUUGCAGCAACACAAGUAACCCAGCUUUUACACUAACCACCACUGUAAGGUAUAACGGCACACGAGCAGAGACCAACAUGGUGAUCAUUAACGUCAAGCUGCUGUCGGGGUUUAAGCCGGAUGAGACGUCUCUGCAGGCUCUGAGGGAAGACCCCACCAUCAGACGUCUGGAUGUGGAUGAGGAUCAUGUCGUUUUCUAUUUGGAUAGUCUGAAAAAGAGUCAGGAGAAGUCCAUCAGCCUGCAGCUCGUGCAGGAAGUACCGGUGCAGAACCUGAAACCAGCUGUAGUGACCGUCUAUGACUACUACAAGAUCACUGAACUGUCUGUGGUUGACUACACCUCCCCAUGUGCAUAAUCACCAUCGCAAUGAUCUAAAGUGCUGAUGUCUGAAGAACUGUACACUGGAAUAUAUGGGGAGGCUAUCUGGAAUAUAUGGAUUUAAUACUGACACUUUUUCUGUUCUCCUAUUGCUUUCUGAAAUUAUUUUUUUUUUUUUGUUUUCCUAAAAAAUAUAACAAAAAUAAGGCAUUUCUGCAGUAUGCAUUUUAGUCGCUAUUAAACAAUUUGUAAA